GAGAUUUUUUCUGGUUAUCGGAUUUCCUCCAAUCUUCAACCCGCAAAUUUUACACCAGCACCGUCGCAAAGAUGGCUAAGAUCAAGAAGAAGGGAACCUCUGGCCAGGCCAAAAACUUCAUCACCAGAACCCAGGCCGUGCGCAAACUUCAGAUUUCCCUCCCGGAUUUCCGUCGACUAUGUAUCUUCAAGGGAAUCUAUCCCCGUGAGCCUCGCAACAAGAAGAAGGCCUCCAAGUCUUCCACCCCCAACACUACUUUCUACUACACGAAAGAUAUCCAGUUCCUUCUGCAUGAGCCCCUCCUCAGAAAGUUCCGCGACCAGAAGGCGCUUGCGAAGAAGAUUGCCCGGUCCCUUGGACGUGGAGAAGUCGGAGAUGCAUCCCGCUUGGAGAAGAACCACGCGCCCAAACUCACCUUGGACCACAUCAUCAAGGAGCGCUACCCGACAUUCAUUGACGCCCUCAGAGACCUCGACGAUGCCUUGUCUCUGCUGUUCCUCUUCGCUAACCUCCCCUCUUCUGCUCACGUUCCUCCCAAGACCAUUGCUCUCUGCCAGCGGGUCACCCACGAGUUCCAACAUUACCUGAUCACCACAAACUCUCUGCGCAAGUCUUUCUUGUCGAUCAAGGGUAUCUAUUACCAGGCGACCAUCCAGGGACAGGAUAUCAUGUGGCUGGUGCCCUACCGCUUCGUGCAGCGAGUGAACGGCGACGUCGAUUACCGUAUCAUGGCCACUUUCGUCGAGUUCUACACGACUCUGCUCGGAUUUGUCAACUACCGCCUCUACUCGACUCUUGGUCUCCGUUACCCCCCUAAGUUCGAUACCCGCAGCGAUGAGAACGGUGCUGAGUUGGCGGCUUUCACUCUGGAGGGACGCACUGUUGGCGAAGCGCCCAAGGCUAUCGAGGCAAACAAGCAGACGAACAAGACUUCCAACCAGGAGGUCUCCCGUGAGGUCCAAGCCAAGGUCGACAAGGUUAUUAAGUCGGCAGGUCUGGAUCGGACCAAGGAUGAGCAAGUCGUGGAGUCCACUGAAGAGGCCUCUGAUGCGAUCGACAAGUUCGAACCUACCGCUCCCGAGGCCGAUACCCUUCCUCAACCUGACUUGAGCGGUGACCAGGCUGGCUCUCUGUUCGCUCCUUUCGUCUUCUACGUUUCCCGUGAGGCACCCAAGGCUCCCUUGGAAUUCAUCCUUCGUUCCUUCGGCUGCACCAGAAUCGGCUGGGACGCUGUCCUUGGCGACGGAGCUUUCACGCAUGACGAGACAGAUACCCGCAUCACUCACCAGAUCGUUGACCGGCCUUCCUUGCCCGAGGCUUCGCUGCCGGCUAUUCCUGCUGCUUCAGAGGGAGCUGUCCAGAAGGUCCGCCCGGGCACUCGCAUCCCCGGUAGAACCUAUGUCCAGCCCCAAUGGGUGUGGGACUGCAUCAACGAAGGCAAGCUUCUCCGUGCCGACCUGUACGCCCCCGGUGCGACUCUCCCUCCCCAUUUGAGCCCAUGGGUCAAGCCUACCCGGGGUGGCUACGACCCCCGCGCCAGCUUGGCUGAGCAGGAAGAGGAGGGCGAGGCGGAGCUGGAUGAGGAGAGCGACAGCGAUGAGGAGAUGGAAGAUGCCACUGAGGAGAAGAAGGCCGAUACCAAGGAGGAGUCCGAGGCUGAGAGCGAGGAUGAGGAAGAUAUCAACGGCGGCAUGGAUGUUGCUGAGACUGAUGACGAUGAGAGUGGAAGCGAGGAGGAGGAAGAUGAGGACUUUGGCGGAUUCGAAGAGGAGGCCGCCUCCGAAUCCGAAGAUGAGGAGGAAGCCGCCCGGACACAGCACCAGAAGGAACUCGAGGCUGAGGCAGCCGGUCUUCCUUUCUCCUCUGGCGGUGCCGCUGGUGAAUCAUCCAAGAAGAAGUCUGCGCAGGCCAAGAAGAUCGCCUCGAAGAAGCGCAAGGAGGAGGAGGAAUUGGAGAGACAGAAGAUGAUGAUGAGCCGGAAGAAGCGCAAGCUGCUCGAGAAGAUGAUCUACUCGAACAAGAAGCAGUCCGAGGAGGCCGCCAAGCUGCGGUCCAAGCGCAGAAAGCUCGAGAAGGGCGAGAAGGGUGGCCAGAAAUGAACAUAGGCACAUAAAAGUUGGCUUUUCUGUGAGAAUAGAAUGAUAUCCUUGAUGGGAUUUGGAAGCAUUCCUAUAACGGCGUCUUGAGUCUUGAUUUACUAGCAUCAGUUUCUAGAGUGUUGUCUAAUAAGUCUACACAUCUAAUCUGUUC